GCUGACUGUGAGGAUCCCGCCCCGCACGGACCUGCUGCUGCUGCCGCUGCUGGAAUAAUCCCUGACACAUAGACAUGUACACACACACACCCACACACACCCACACACCCACACGUCCUCUGGGACACUUCACAGGUUCACUGCCGAUCUCCUUUCAACCACGUUUACCGAGAAAUGUCCACCGUGACGAGCGGGCGGGUUCCAACCGGGCGGCUGUGAGGCGCCGCGGAUACUAACCCUGGGAUUACUUCGCUAUUGACACGUUAUGCUAAAUAUGCUGACAUCAGACUGAUAUAUAUCAUGGAUCCUGAAGAGUUAGAGCUGCAGAAUGACUACCGUUACCGCAGCUACACGGGAGUCAUCGAGAAAGCGCUGCGAAACUUCGAGUCUUCGAGUGAGUGGGCAGAUCUCAUCUCAUCCCUGGGGAAACUCAAUAAGGCCCUGCAGAGUAACAUCCGCUACUCACUCCUACCCAAGAGGUCGAUCAUAGGUAAGCGUCUGGCCCAGUGUCUACACCCAGCUCUGCCCAGUGGCGUACACCUCAAGGCCCUUGAGACCUAUGAGGUCAUCUUCAAAAUAAUCGGAACAAAAUGGCUCGCCAAGGAUCUGUUCAUCUACAGCUCCGGAUUGUUCCCACUGUUGAGCCAUGCAGCCAUGGCGGUGAAGCCCGUCCUGCUGACACUUUACGAGCGAUACUAUCUCCCACUGCAGAGGGCUUUGCUGCCCAGUCUACAGGCCUUCAUAACAGGCCUCCUACCAGGCCUGGAGGAGGGACUGGAGGUCAAUGACAGGACUGAUGCGUUGUUGCUCAAGUUGUCUAUGCUCGUGGGUCAGCGGGUCUUCUAUGGGGCCCUGUGGGGCAGCAUGGUGGUGAGCCCUAAUGUGCGGCUGACCGCCGCCAUCUUUAUAGUCACACACUUUGACCGCACGGCUUCUCUGCGCCAGCAGAUACACAUGCUAGGCUACAACAGCCCACUCCUGUUGAAGGCAGUGUGUUUUUCUCUGCAAGACUCAAAUGUCCUGGUACAGAGGCACAUGCUUGAAAUCCUGCUCUACUUUUUCCCUUUUGCCACCUGCCUGGACCCAGUGGAGACGUGUAUUACUUUGAGUAAGGAGGACAUGGUCGCUAUGGUGUCUUCCGCUUCGCUCACGCUGCUCCGCAGAGACAUGUCCCUGAACAGACGCCUCUACGCCUGGGUCCUAGGCACAGACAUAAAAGGGGAAAUGGUGGCACCACACCCAACCCUCUCCUCCACCACAGAGGAGCACACAUCGUUUUACUUCAACACCUACACCAGAGAUUACCUUGUACAGGGUCUGAUUAACAUCCUCAAACAGAAGGAUGUGGAGAACAACCCAGAGAAUGUGAUUGGAUACCUCAGGCCCUUUCGAAUCAUCGUCAGCCUGCUCGAUAAACCAGAGAUUGGCCCAGCUGUCCUGAGCAGUGUGUUGUUGGAGGUGGUCCGAGCCUUCUACAGCUACUGUCGAGAGAUAUUGGAGGAGGAGAGCAUCACCAAUUCAGGGCUCUCAGGAAACCAGCUUGCCAGUAAGAUAAAAGAGAAUAAGAACGCAUCAGAGAUCAUAAAGGCAGUGAAUAUGCUCGUGAGCUCCAUGAACAGUGAAUACCUGUGGGAGUACAUGACACGACGCUUCUGCACUUCUCUCAGAGAAAAAGACGACCCACCAACGCCUCCUCGGCAGGACUGCAGUCAUCCUGCUCCCUCUGUCUCAGAGAUGUCCACCCUCAUAAUCUUCCUGCUGGAUGUUCUUCCUCUGGAGCUACAUGCUGACAUCCAGUCCCAGUUCCUCCCUGAGAUGCUAAGCAUCAUGCUGCAAACCUUGCACAGUCAUAUGGACUCUGUAAGCCUGGAGGAUGUCACACACAGCGUGCGUGCCUGCUUCAAAGUCCUCAGUAAGAUCCAAAUGCCUGUGGCUUAUAUAGACACUGAAGCAGGGUCACACACAGAGGAGACGGAGUUACAGACACCAGAGGAGGAAGGCAAAGAAACACAGGAUGUCAAGAUGGAGGGAGAUGAAGAUGCCAGUAAUGGUCAGUUUAGUCAUCGCCAUAGAGAUGAAGAGCAGUACACUGAUGGAGGAGACGAGGCAGAGACUGCAAAUGCUGUUUACCCAACAAUCAGAUCUGAAGACAGCGGUUUAGGGGUCAGUGCCUCACCGUCAGAGCAGCAUCUCCCACCAGGGAUGGGGGCCGAUGGAAAUGAAAUUUGCAAAGACGGUGAUGGAGUGUGGAAGAGGGGAGGCAGUGUGGACACAAUGACCCUGUGCCUGCAGGAUAUACUGUCCUUCAUAACCACAAGAUACCUGCUGGUGCAGGUGGAGGAUGUCCGGGGACCCGAGGAGGGACUCCAACCAGAUCUAGCCGCUGUUUCUGUGGAUCAGAAGACAUUGUUGCAGAGCAUAGGGGGGCGAGAAAUAAAAGACAAACUGACUGAAUUGUUCAAUCCAAACAAAAACAAACCCCACCCCACAUCUGAUGUGCAGCUCCCGACAUUCCCUGAGGAGAAGAAAAGGGAACAUGGGCCGUCAGGAUGUGUGGACUGGGCGGCGGGCUACAUGCCACGGGGCAGAGCAGAGAUCUCUGAAGCCUGUCGACAGGCAUUCACCGCCACCUGCCACCUGUUGCUGGAGUGCGCCACCUUCCCUGUCUAUAUGAGUGAAGAGGAGACUCUGGCCCAACACACAGAGAUGUUUGUCUGCACAGGCAGUGAAGAGGACACGCUGCCAGUAUGGCUGAGGUCCUUGAUGAUACUGUGCUGCCUGUCAAGGGACUAUCACAUUCAACACACAGCAGUGGCCUCCCUGUUGGAGUUUAUCAACCACUCCCAGUCUUUAGCGCUGGUCAUCCAGGACAAGCACAGACGCUACCAGACCUCUGACUCUAACCCUCUGAGUGGGAGGCUGCAGAUGGUCACUGUGCCACCCAUCUACCCUGCUCUGCUACGUGUCAUAGAGGAGGGCACAGAUUUCUAUCAGAGGGUGUCUCAGGUUCUGUGGAACCAGCUGGACAUGGAUCGGAGAGAGCAGCACAUUUCUUGUGUGGAACUCUUUUACAGGCUUCACUGUUUGGCUCCGUCAGCGACAAUCUGUGAAGACAUCAUCUGCCAGGCGCUACUGCACAAAGACAAGGCUGUUAGGCUGGAAGCACUACAUCGCUUCACAGUGCUGUGGCACCUGACCCGGGAAAUCCAGACCAACAGGACCAUGUCUCUCAACCGCUCCUUUGACCGGUCUCUGUGUGUGGUGGUGGACAGUCUGAGCUGCACUGAUGGCUCAAUACGUGCAGCUACUCAGUGCUGGCUGGUCAGGGCUCUGUCCCUCAAUGAUGUGAAUCGAAUCCUGGAACCUAUUCUGUUGUUGCUGCUUCACCCGUCCACUCAGCGCUCCUCCAUUCACAGCAUCAAACAAAAUCUCACUGCGGGUAACCUGAAGAUUCUUGGCUGCAGAAGUCGAAGCUCCACCAGAACAUCUGGGUCAUCUGCGGAUGCUAUGGCAACAGAGGUCACCACCUUAAAUCUCACCAACAUUGUGGACAGGGAAUCCCUGUGGGAAGAGUUGGACAAUGAUCCAGAGCAGGUGAAACCACCGGACUCUUUUGUGCCAUCAAAGAGUGAGAGUGAAGACGAAGAGGAGGAAAAUAGAGCAGAUGAUGAGGCUGAGAGUGAACACACAGAGUCAGCAGACACUAGCGGGGGCCAGGUAUCCACAGAGAGCUCCGGUUCUGGUUCUGCUCUGUAUGGCAGCAUUGAGGAAGGCGGGCUGGUCAAUGGCCUGCGGAGGGUAGAGUCUGAGCGUACACAGGGAUCUGAUUCGCUGUCAAGUGAGGAUGAGGACGAUUUAGAGCUGGAGACAAUGGCCAGGUCUCGCCUUUUAAAACAGGAGCGUGAGAAGAGAGAAGCCAUCGACUCUCUGUUUCUUCAUGUGCUGCUGUAUCCUGUGGCGGGCGGCUGGCGCCACCUGCUCCAAGGUCUGUCACUGCUAGACAGCUUGCUGAGGAGCAGCGCUGAGUGCCCUCUGGUGGAUGCACUCUCUUCUAACUCUCUGGACACAAGCGCGGCUGCACAUUUAAACCUGGUCUCUAACCUUUUACAACGACACCAACAGGCUCAAGAUGGCAAAAGCUUCUACGGCUGCCUGCUUUCACCAUCCUUCUCCCCCUCUGUGCCCCCGUCCAUUCUCAUUGAACUGCUGGUGUCUUUGUGCCUGCGAUUCCUGCGCUCUCAUUACCCUUCAUACCUGAGCCUCGGUCCUCUUGACCUGCAGGGGAACAGGGAGGUUCAGGUAAGGAGUGUGGAGGUGCUAACCCGGAUGGUGAACCAGCUUGGUUGCGUGGCACGAGGUCAUGAAGGGAAUGGGGCCAGUGCGGAGCCCAUCCGCAGAGUCUUGUCCAGAUGUAAAGUGCAGCAAUAUGCUCUGCUUACACUUUCUGCAUCCAUGUAUGUCAGCCAAAGGGGAAUGGACAAAGUAGCAUCCAGAAAUGUGGAGCUGCUGGUUGAGCAGGGAGGCCUGUCAGAGGAGAGUCUGGUGAAUCUUGGAUCAGGAGGCGGGCAGGAACAGUACCCCUUACAAAUGGAAUUACUCAAACUCCUUGAGGCUCUCAUAGUCCUGGAGCACCAUGUGGGGCUUGGCUGGGCCGUCCCAUCAGGUGGCUUAGGUGGAGCUUCCAGCCAGCCUGUGGAGCCUCGUGAAUCCCCAACUGUCAGUUCCCCCCUCGCUCGUGAGUGGCAAUCUGCGGUCCUUUUCCAGCAGUCCAUCAAAUCAGCCCAGUAUGUCCAAAGUCACCCCAUUACAGCCCAAGGAAUGUUUGUUUCUGCCGCGGCCAUGGCUCUGCAGCCACAGUACGGCUAUGCCAUGCACCCCCACUGGGUGUCUCUGCUGUGCUCCAUUCUGCCCUACCUGGGACGCUCAUUAGGAAUCAUUGUGGCGCCCCUCAUCGGUCAGAUCUGCAGGAACUUGGAUGAGCUGGUCAAGCUGUAUGAGCAUGAUGGAGGAAAGACAAAUCAGAGCCUCAGUGGCAGGAGAGAGAACAUCGCCCCCGACUACCCUCUCACUCUGUUAGAAGGCCUGACCACUAUAACACACUAUUGUCUACUGGACAACAAGAGGUCCCUUGUUGCUUCUGAUCCUAUGGACGUUCGUAAUGCACGCAACGCUGUGAUCGAGGUUCUACCGGACAUUCUCACUAGCAUGGUUUUGUUGUGGGGCGUGGUCAAGAGGGAAGAGUGUCAGCGGCGGGCGUCUGACUCUGGCCAGAACAGCAGACAAACUUCUUCAUCUGUCUACUUUAAAAGCACCAAGAUCCUUCGCCACCGAAUAGUGGAGUUCCUGCUCCCUCUGACUGGGCAGUAUGGCAUUCAGAUGAUGGCUUCACUGGGAGUAGUGUGGAGCAGCAGGAAGAGUAGAAGGAGACAUAAAAAUAAGGUUUUACCUGUGGCCAGUGAGGCUCGUCUGGCCAUUGUGGAUCUGGUGAAAUCACUGAACACCUUGCAUACAGAUACCAUCCUGCAGUUGAUCAAAGAGGUGGUGAAAAAACCACAUCAGAUUAAAGGAGAACAGAAGUCAGCCUUGGUUGAUAUCCCCAUGUUACAAUUCAGCUACGCCUAUAUCCAGAGUAUUUCCGGCCCGGUUCUGCACGAGAACGUUGCCCCUCUUCUCAGUCUGUUGCGAGAGUCUGUUCAGCUCAACCUGGCCCCGCCUGGACACUUCUUACUGCUGGGAAUCCUCAAUGACUUUGUCAAUCGGCUCCCCAACCUGGACAAUAAGAAGGAUACUCGAGACCUGCAGGAGGUGACUCAGCGGAUCCUCGAGGCGGUGGGUGGGAUCGCGGGGUCAUCCCUGGAACAGACCAGUUGGCUCAGCCGCAGCCUUGAGGUCAAAGUUCAGCCGCAGGUGUGCCCUGAAGCAGACGAGCCUGAUGACGCAGAUGUGGAAGAGUUGGCUCAAGCCAGCACCAUGGUCUCCUCCUCAGCUCCCUCAGUUUACAGUGUGCAGGCUCUUGCUCUCCUGGCUGAGAUGUUGGCACCACUUCUGGACAUGGUGUACCGCAGCGAUGAGAAGGAGAAAGCCGUUCCUCUCAUUUCUCGGCUCAUGUACUUUGUUUUCCCGUACCUGAAGAACCACAGUGCCUACAACAUGCCCAGCUUUGAUGCGGGUGCUCAGCUGCUGAGCAAUCUGAGCGGGUAUGCUUACACCAAAAGGGCCUGGAAGAAAGAGGUCUUUGAGCUCUUUAUGGACCCCCUCUUCUUCACCAUGGAUGCCUCCUGUGCACCCAGUUGGAAAUCCAUUAUUGAUCAUCUGCUGACUCAUGAGAAGACCAUGUUUAAAGACCUCAUGAGCUUGCAGAGUGGCUCCUUGAAACUGUUUGGUAACGUAGAUCAGAAACCCAUGCUGCUGAAGCGCCAGGCAUUUGCCAUGUUCAGUGGAGAACUCGACCAGUAUCAUCCUUUUCUGCCCCUCAUCCAAGAGCGUCUCACAGAGGCUUUGCGUACGAACCCCAGCCCAGCUGUUUCAGCCCAGAUGUUCUUGAUGUUUCGUGUUCUCCUGCUGCGGAUUUCAUCCCAGCACCUGACAUCUCUUUGGCCAAUCAUGGUCACAGAACUGAUUCGCAUUUUUGCACGUCUAGAGAAAUCUCUGCAGCCGGAUAAAGACGUCUCAAAACUGGCAAAAGUGGUGCGUGGAGCCCUUGAAAGAAAUGGACCGGUGAACUUCUCUCAGGCAGAGUUGGACAUGUACCUGUCAGCCUGCAAGUUUCUGGACACCUCCUUGACCUUUCCUCCAGAACAGAUACCACUCUUUCAGAUGUAUCGCUGGGCAUUUGUCCCUGAAGUGGAUGUGAACCGCUACAAUGGCCCAGAGACUUCGCUGAUAGAGGCUGAGCAGGAAUGCAUACCCCAUGUUGUCCAAGUACUGGAAGGGAUACAGCAAAGAUAUGGGGCCCUGAACGGACUGAGCGAGGAAUCUUCCACCGAGCGUUUGGAGUUCCCCCUCCUCACCCAGUGCUCCCUGCACUCCAUCACACAGCUGUUACCUUUUCUUCGCACCCUUUGCUGUUCCUUCCAGGUUCCUCCCCCUAACGGCCACCUGAUGCAACACUGCCCAAUAGCAGACUACCCAGCCACCAGUCCGGGCGCAGUCCUGAGGAAGCUGGAGCACAUCAUUGAGAAAGAAUUCCUGGACUCCACAGAGAGUUAAAAAAACUCAAGCAUGAAGCUUUCCAAUAAGUCCUCUUCCCAAGCUUUUAGACCUGCAGCCAUAUGAGUGUAAUAUCUAAAAUAGGCACAACAGUGAUCAUGUAGUGUGAAGUUGAAAUGUUUUAACUUGUCUGAUUUCCACAAUAAUACUUCUGAGGUUCACCCAGAAUCUGUUAUGGAAAGACCAAGGGACAUUGUUGUAGCUCAUUCAGUUGUCUGAAAGAUAUGGUAUUAAUUACAAGUUAAUUAGAUAUGCUCCUUUUUAUUUCUCUGUGAUGUACUUUAUCUCUACACUAUCUAAAAUGUCUACACAUUGAAAUUGUUUGACAGUGUCUACUCCCUUUGCUCUUAUUGAUUUUAGGAAAAAAAUAAAUAAUAAUUCCAUAAACCUCAAAUUAUUGUUCCGCUACUACGUUUUUGUUUGUAGCCAAAUAGCAGAUUCACUGUGAGGAAUUUUAUCAAGUAUUUGUUUUCUUUUGGCUCUCAUAACUCUGGUUAACAAUACUGUUUAGUACAAGCAUACACACUGCAUCUGUCUGACUCUGAGAAUGUGAAGAUUGUAUGUCUGCAGGACCCGCUGUAGAACUACUUUCUCUCUUUUUGUUAUUGAAUUCAUUAUGGGACCUCACUGAUUUACAUUGAUUUUAUGAGUAAGUUACUGAAUGUGUUUUUCUGUACACCAGGAAAACCCUUUCCAAUAUCCUGAAUUGUAUUGGGUGUACCUCGGUAAUAUACAGUACCUUCUUGCAGUUGUUGGUGUUUAAGGGAACUCAAAUCUUUCUUUGCGGUUGUUGACUGAUGGUUUUCACAACUGCCUGUCUUCUUUUCCACAGUACUGAAUGUUUACGUAAUUUAUUUUGGAUGUCUAAAGGACCAUGUUAAGUUUUGAAUUAAUUGAAAAGGUUCAUUAAAGUAAAUAUUUAGCUUAAA